AUGUUCCUGAUUCACUCUUUGUGGAAGUUUAGACAACAAACAAAUACUCGUGAUGAUCCUAAUGUUGAUUCAAGUGAUCACGAAGGCAACUCUAGUGACAGUAAUGAAAACGAUGAUCAUUUUGAUAGCGAUAGUAAUACAACUGCCACAGAUCUACCAUUAUCAUUAUCAUUCCGUUCUAUGUCAUUUGAUAACGAACCAAAAAAUUCACAACCAAGCUCGGCAUCUCAAGUUAGCGCUGCAACUCAGUUACCUGUAAUAAAUCAUGCAUUACAGCUGUUAAAUCAAUCACCAAUCCCAUCAAGGAAAUUAAAUGACAAUCAAUUUUUAAACAACAAAAUAAAUCAGAUAUCUGACAGCUUGAAAAAGGUUUUACUCUCUUCAACUGAUGAAGACCCGGUCGAUGAUGAUGGUGAAAAUUUUCGCGCUUUAAUAAAAUUACUGCAAGACAAAUUUAACGAUAAAGAAACGGAAAAAUCAUUGAAAAUAUAGGUUUUAACAUUAUUACCUGAACA